AUGGUAAAAUUGAUGAGUUCCUCCGCAUUUCUAAAACGACAUAAUUUGACUUCCGGCCACUCUAACCUUAAAAAAUGUUCAGUGCUGCAUAUUGGUGACGCAGUCCAAGCCGACUACGAAAUCAAUGGGGCACGACUGAAAAGCUGUCAAUUCUCCGAGCAUAUCGAUAAUGUAGUCAAAAAAGCGUACACGGUCCUGUACCUCAUUUUUCGUAAUUUUCGCAGUAAGGAUCUGAAUUCCUUACUCGCCCUCUACAAAGCUUAUGUGCGCCCACAUCUCGAAUACUGUUCACCAAUAUGGAGCCCUAUUCUCAAAAAAGACAUUCACAAACUAGAGAAAGUACAACAAACUUUCACUAGGCUGAUUUUCCUCAGAUGCUUCCCUUCCACUGCUCAGGUUCAUCUCCCUAGCUACAAUGACCGAUUGAAGUCCCUCGGUCUGCAAGACCUGCUGUUAAGGCGUACCAUCAACGAUUUAGCCCUUUCAUUUCGUAUUUUGAGGAAUGAAUCCAAACUCAAGGCUUAG